AUGAAGACCUCGACGUUCCUGCUCCUCACCGUUGCAAUUGGCGCCACUGCUGCCCAGAACGGUACCAAUUCGUGCGAUAUGGGCGCCAUCGAGGGGAAACUGCUGCUGAACGGCACGACCUGGCAUGAGAGCUGCGCGACCGCGACCGGUGUAGACGUGUUCCAGCUCGGCUCGCUCCCCACGAAGGUCGAGGCCAAGACCGUCCAGCAAUCGCGCGACUGCGUCAACUACCUCAACCAGCUCAACCAGGAGGCCAACUCGGAGAUCCAGUGCGAGACAACGGUGGGCGACCAGACCAUCAAUUUCGCUUCAAUGCUGACGGAUCUAUUGAAGGGUCAAUCCAGCAACAAGACCAAGGUGGCGGCUGUCGGCUCGGACAGCAUGUCUGGCAGCGUCUCGUUAUCAUCCAGUGACUCGGGCAGUGAAUCUACAUCUGACAGCGAAUCCGCCUCGGGCAGCGAGUCCGAUGAGAGCAGCUCGGGGUCAGAGGAGGACGGUUCAGCAGAUGCCCAGAAGGACGGCAGCGCCUCGAAGAGCAGCACCGGAGUCGCCCUCACGACCACGUUCUCCGUCGUCGCCGCGGCUACCGUGCUCGCAUUUGCACUUUAG